AUCAGAAUGGCCGGCGGUAUGAGAAAUUGUGUCUACGUUUUUUUAGUUAUUUAAAAAAGUGCAGGAAAGUGGUCCGUUUUAAGCAUUGAAAUGAAGCACAAACAGGGAUUUUAUGAUCUAUGCGUCACUCCUACCUCUACAUCAUCUUUAGUUAGUAUCCUGACAACUUUAGUUGAACUUGGAUAUCGUACUGUUGCGAUCAACCAAAUCGUGGAGGAGUCAGCUUUAGUUCAAGAAAAAAAUAAGAAAAAGAGGAAGGCAGAAAACAAUGUUAAUCCUAAUCCUUCUAUCCCUCCUCCGAUGAAAUUGGAUGAUAUUCCCGAGGUUUUAAGGUCUUCCAUCCAAAUACUGCAGAGAAUAACAAUUUCUUUCUCAACAUCGGAUAAUGCUCACAAAAUGAUUUCCUCCGAAAAUAUUAAGAAAUAUGAUAUUAUUGCCGUAAUACCAACAUCAAAAGCUGCCCUAAUGCAUACUUGCAAUACAUUGGAUGUGGACAUAAUAUCAUUUGAUACCAGCAUCAAAAUGCCUGUACAAUGGAAUCGUAAACUAUAUAACUUAGCAGCUGAGAAGGGGAUGUGGUUUGAACUGCCUUAUGGCUUAGGUGUCUUGGAUUCAACUGCUAGGCGUAACUUAAUACAGGCUGGCCAUUCUUACCAUGCAAUUGGCAAAUCAAAGAACAUUUUGAUUUCCAGUGGAGCUCAAAACCCAAUGCAGAUUAGAGGUCCAUACGAUGUCAUAAACUUGAGCCUUUUACUGGGGUUGAGUGAAGAGCAGGCAAAGAGUGCGAUCACCAAUGCUGGCCGUGCAGUGACAUUGAGGGCAGAAAGCAGGAGGAGGGGCAAAGCAGUGGUGUGUAUCGAAAAAAUUGUCUCUAACCAGCUUGAAGUUGUAGAUGAAGAGGAUAAUUCUGAUAAUACUAUCCUACCUGCGUGUAAAAAGAAAAAAACCUUGGGUUGAUGCUCAGUUCCAUGUUUUGAUGUUUUAUUUGAGGGGCUUUUUAAAGCCAGGUCUAUUGGUAAGAAGUUUUCCAAAUAAGGAAUAAAAUAUUGUUUUAUUUUCUUCCACAA